CAGUCCCCACCGGAAGGCGCAGCGCGCUUGCGCAGAGGAGAGUAACUGCCGGUUGGUGGCUGCUGCUCCGCAGUGGGGGAGCGCGACGGGUAGGGACUGGAGCCGGUGUCGGCAGCCGAGACCGCUGCAGCGACAGGCCCGCGGGGAGCGGAAGGCACCGGGCGCAGUCAUGUCUGUGGUCGGCAUCGACUUGGGCUUCCUCAACUGCUACGUCGCAGUGGCGCGGAGCGGCGGCAUCGAGACCAUCGCCAAUGAGUACAGCGACCGCUGCACCCCAGCUUGUAUAUCUCUGGGAUCCAAAACCCGGGCCAUAGGAAAUGCAGCAAAAAGCCAGAUUGUCACAAAUGUAAAGAAUACAUUACAUGGCUUCAAAAAAAUGCAUGGAAGAGCAUUUGAUGAUCCUUACGUACAAGGUGAAAGAGUCAGACUUCCCUAUGAGCUUCAAAAGAUGCCGAAUGGGAGUGUAGCGCUGAAGGUGCGAUACCUAGAUGAAGAGAGACCAUUUGCAAUUGAACAGGUUACAGGAAUGCUUUUGGCCAAGCUUAAAGAGACUUCGGAAAGUGCACUAAAAAAACCAGUGGCAGACUGUGUGAUUUCAGUCCCUAGUUUCUUCACUGAUGCUGAGAGAAGGUCUGUAAUGGCAGCUGCACAGGUUGCAGGUUUAAACUGUCUGAGGCUGAUGAAUGAAACUACAGCAGUUGCACUAGCUUAUGGAAUUUAUAAGCAAGACCUACCAGCCUUGGAGGAGAAACCAAGAAAUAUAGUCUUUGUAGAUAUGGGACAUUCUGCAUACCAAGUUUCAGUUUGUGCUUUUAACAAAGGAAAACUGAAGAUCUUGGCUACUGCUUUUGACCCUUUUUUGGGUGGCAGAAACUUUGACGAGGCUUUAGUAGAUUACUUCUGUGGGGAAUUCAGGACAAAAUAUAAACUGAACGUGAAAGAGAAUGCUCGGGCACUGCUGCGCUUGUAUCAGGAAAGUGAAAAAUUGAAGAAACUUAUGAGUGCAAAUGCUUCUGACCUCCCACUCAACAUUGAGUGCUUCAUGGAUGACCUUGAUGUCUCCAGUAAGAUGAACAGAGCUCAAUUUGAACAGAUAUGUGCUCCUCUCCUAGCUAAAGUGGAACCUCCUCUAAGAACAGUAAUGGAUCAAGCUAAACUACAGCGUGAAGACAUAAGCAGUAUAGAAAUUGUAGGUGGAGCCACUAGAAUCCCAGCAGUGAAGGAACAAAUAUCUAGGUUCUUCGGUAAAGAUAUCAGCACUACACUGAAUGCAGAUGAAGCUGUUGCAAGAGGUUGCGCAUUACAGUGUGCAAUUCUCUCCCCAGCAUUUAAAGUGCGUGAGUUUUCGAUCACCGAUGUUGUUCCUUAUUCAAUAACUCUAAGAUGGAAGUCCUCUUAUGAGGAAGGAACUGGGGAAUGUGAAGUUUUCAGUAAGAACCAUGCUGCUCCAUUUUCAAAAGUUAUUACUUUCCACAAGAAGGAACCUUUUGAUCUGGAAGCAUAUUAUACCCAUCCAAAUGAAAUACCUUAUCCUGAACCCAGAAUAGGGCGUUUUGCUAUUCAGAAUGUUGGUCCUCAGUAUGACGGUGACAAUUCCAAAGUGAAGGUUAAAGUACGUGUCAAUGUACAUGGAAUCUUCAGUGUGGCUAAUGCAUCAGUAAUAGAGAAGCAAAAUGUGGAAGGAGAUCACAGUGAUGUACCUAUGGACACAGAAUCAUUGUGUAAGAAUCAAGGCAAAGAUGAUGAGCUGCAAUUCUCUUUCAUAAUUGAGGAUGAUACCCUUGACUCUGAGGAUAAGGAUAAAAUGCAGGUUGACCAAGAGGAAGGCAGUCAAAAAAGUCAGGCAGAACAGCCAAGCCAAGCAGAUGAGGAAAGUGAACAACAUGGAGGAACUGAAACAAAGACUGCUUCAGGAGACAAGCCAGAUCAUCUGGCCCAGCCUGUUAAAGCUAAAGCGAAGAUCAAAAGCAUUGAACUACCUAUCCAGGCUAGUCUGUAUAAACAGUUGGGGCAGGACCUUAUCAAUAGCUACAUAGAAAAUGAGGGGAAGAUGAUGAUGCAAGACAAGCUUGAGAAAGAAAGAAAUGAUGCUAAGAAUGCUGUUGAAGAGUAUGUCUAUGAUUUCAGAGACAAGCUGUGUGGUGUCUUUGAAAAGUUCAUCACCGAGGAAGAGUCCAGUAAACUGACCUUAAUGUUGGAAGAUACAGAAAACUGGCUUUAUGAAGAUGGGGAGGACCAACCAAAACAAGUAUAUAUGGAUAAACUUCAGGAAUUAAGAAAAUUUGGUCAGCCUAUUCAGGAAAGGUUUAUGGAACAUGAAGAAAGACCAAAAGCUUUAAAUGACCUGGGAAAGAAGGUCCAGCUUCUAAUGAAAGCAGUAGAAGCAUUCAAAAAUAAGGAUGAAAAAUAUGAUCAUCUUGAUCCUGCUGAGAUGGAGAAAGUGGAAAAGUGUAUAAGUGAAGCCAUGAAUUGGUUGAACACCAAAAUGAAUGCCCAGAAUAAACUAAGUCUGACUCAGGAUCCAGUUGUGAAGGUGGCAGAAAUACUAGCAAAAUCUAAGGAAUUGGAUAGUUUCUGUAACCCUGUUAUUUACAAGCCUAAGCCAAGGAUGGAGCCCCCGAGUGAAGCUCAGACAAAAGCCAAUGGUGAACACAAUGGACCAGUAACUGGACAGAGUGGUGCUGAAACAAAACCUGAUCCAGCAAAGGACAGUUCUCAGCAGACCAAACCAUCUGGAGAAAUGGAAGUGGACUAAAUUUUUACGUAUUUCUUUCACUUAAUUAAAAUAGUGCAAGUAACUACAGGGUCCAUUCUUCUUUUAUGUCUGGCACCACUGCAGAUGUUCAGUUAUUCUUAGCCAACUUUCUGUCCUUUGUUCUUUGCAGUAGUUUUGAAUGUGUUUUAUAUUGAGUGCCCUCCAAUGUUCAUUUCCAUUGAUGCUGCUUAUGUGGAGCUUUAGCCGAAUGUAGAUUGUAAGUCAGUUUAAGCUUUCCCAAUAUAUUUUAUAUCAAACAAAGGAUUGAUUAUAUAAAGGAUUGAUUAUAAAUAGCAACAAUCUACCUUAUUUAAAGCUUUUAUUGUGGAUAAACCUCAGUUCCUUUAUUCAGAAAAGGACACUGUAUUGCACUACUGAUGCUGAAGUAUAGAUUUAAUUGCAUCUUUAUUUUGGAAAAAAUAUUGGAAUUGAAGUGGUAAAUAUUGCCACUUGAAGCACUGACCUUUUUUCUAGUUAUUGUACUGUUAUUUAAAUAUUAAAAUAGAGGCUAGCUAGCAUACUAGUCUUGUCUUGUUGAACUGUACGGUCUUUAUAUUUUUCAUAUAAAACAUACAAGCUUAGAAAAGAGCAUUUUCUUAAUUUGAGUAUCAACAACAAACAAUUAUAAAAUAAUACUAGUAAAUUGGCUUUGUCAUUUGUUCAAAAUAAUAUUCUUAGUUGGCCUCUUCUUACGCUUGCACCAAAUAUACUUGUGCUCAUGGUAGGCUGAGUUACAGUAGUAUGCAAAGUUAGUCCUUGCAAAUUCUAUCUUACACUUUCAAAAGAAACAUUGGAUUUUAUUGGCUAGAUAUCCUAUCAAUUAAAACCAAUACAUGUUUUCUCAAGCAGCACACCUUGUACACUGUUACAGGAGAAAGUUAAAACAACCCAAAACCCUAAUAUGCUAAAAGCCUGUUUAUGAAGCAAUAUUUAAUUCUAAAGUGUGGAUUUAAAUCCUUUACAUUAAAUUGAAGUGAAAGCAGAAGGGACUAUUUACACUAUAAUUGGCAAAUGAUCCUUAUGAGGAGGGAUGUUAGAAAGUGUACUCAAUGCCUGCUUAAUGUGUAGGAGUUGAAUCGUUCCUGCCAAAUGCAAGCAGAUGCAGAAGUGUUGAGAAACCAAGGUUUAUUUCAAAUAUAUAUUUGACUUGAUCAUAUGUAAAUUUAUUGUAGUAAAAAUCUACAGCCUUGUCCAAUAUCAGGUGGAGAUUUUAUAAUUUAAGAAAAGUGGCAUCACUAGUCAUAAUAAGGAAGACUUGCAAUGGGCAGUCAUAAAACUUGCUUUCACACAUUGUCUUGUUGAGCUAACAGGCUAGUGGGGAAAAAUUCUAAUCUUACACUUCUUUACACUAACCUAGGAACCAGUUUAAAUUUGAAACAGGAGUAAUAUGUUUUGAAUCAAUCUUAAGGAAAGGAUUCACGAAAGAUAAAUUGACAUGAUUAGAUAGGCCAGUGACUAUGCAGUGUUGUUGUAUAGAGUUGGCACUCAGGGAAGUGCAGGUUGUAUAGACAGCACUUUCUAGAAAAACUUUCACAAAAUUCCUACUAAGGACUGAGGUGAGACCAUAAAAUGUUACCAGCUUGGGAUCAAGCCCAGCUCCAAAUAGUACAUCCAAACCAUUUUACCACCUAGUCCCAUUGUUUUCAAUCACACAUUCCAAAAGUAAGUUGUUCCAUGUCUUUAUUCUGUUUUAAGCUUAUUACUGCUGUGGAUUGACUAAGCAAAGAUGUAAACAAAUGUCAGGCUUUUCCAGCCCUUUCCUUAACUGCAAGUGCUCACAUUCCGUCAGCAUAUUAAUGAAUAACAGACACAGGGAAGACUGUACCCCAGACUGUGUAGUUUGACUGCAGUUCUUUCAGAGGAAAGAUGUCUUUUGUAGGAUUCAAUAGUUUAUAUGGUCUUGACAGACUAUAGUAUUUUUGUCUUCUAUUCUAUCUUCACCCUAAAAAACAAGAUUACAUAAAGAUAGUGCUGUAUAUAACACAGCAAUUAAAAAAAAAGUUGAUGUAAUACAACAGGCUGAGGCUAACUAGUUACCCUUUUGUUUUUAGAGACAUGUAAGUUUUCUGCAUUAAAGAUGUUAAUGGUGACCAAAAACAAUCUGGGAUCAUGAAUCGUGGUCAAAAAUGACUCACUUUAAAGUGAAACUUUGCAUGUAUUUUACUGAAGGGGAAUAGAUUUGCUAUUUUUCUCUCUGACUUCAAAAAUUCAGACCUUAAUUGCAAAAUCUUAAUUCCCCUGAUGAAAAAAUUGACCUUAUUUAAAAUUUUAGCUAUCCUUAUGAAAUAGUAUUUAAAGUAAAGUAGUUUUUCCAUGUUUCCUAAUGUUCAGAGUCCCCCCCCACAUCCAUAGCUAUAGUACUUCCUGUUCCUAAGUUAACAAAUGUAUGAUUACAUAGUUCAGUCUUACAUCGUACAUCCCACUAGUAUAUGGCAUGGCCUAGUAUUCCAAACUGCUAGUGAACAACUAUUCAUAAAACAUACACUCAGGUGUUACCCAAUAAGCCAAUAAUGUCACAAUCAGCUACAAUGUUAACUUUUGAAUAUAAUGAAAUUAACUAGGAGGUUCAUUGAGGAAAAUGAUCUGUUAGAGGCUUUGAGACACAGUAGCAAAAAAGAUACUGUAGAAAUGUUUGCAUGGUUUCCAAAUUGGCUUUAAAAGUUUUUAAAACAAAGCAUAAAAGAAAGAGGCAAUAUAUAUAUAUUAAGUACAAAUGUAAGGACAACAAAUAUUUGAAGGGUUGUACAAAAUUAUCUUAAAUUGACAAGGUUCAUAUGUAUUGCAAAGUUAUAUAGGAGUAUUCCAAACACUUGUUCACUUACCUGUGCUCUCCCUCAGUCUUUUCUAGGUUUAUGGUGGUAACGGUCUGCAGAAAGUAAGGAUAUUAUCCAAAAACCUGUCAACACGGGUACAACUUCUAGAUUUAUUCCAUGAGUAGUAAUUCAGUUACCAGGAGUUAAGUUCCCCCUUCUGACAGUCUUGGGUUAAAACCUGUAGUCUCCAACUUUGAAAGCUUCAAAAAAGUGUAUUGUGGAUAUUAAGAUGUCCUAGUUUGAUAUUGUAGCAGGAAAUCUUACCUUAGGACAAAUUUUGAAAGGUCUCCUUUGAGAUUCAUAGAACUGCUAGUAGUAAACAAAAAAAAAAAAAAUCACACAUACACACCACACAGAUUUUUCAGAAUCACAUAUAUAAAGCACACCUGCCAACCCUGAGAACAACAAAGCUAUCAUCUUAGGUAAUGUGACACACCAUUAGAAUGAUACACUUGUUUGGAUACAUAGUACUAGCAGUAGUGUAUUUAGACUAUCCCAGCCUUGUGUUUGUGUUUAUGCAAUGAAAGGAGGAGAUGGCUAGAACUUAAAUGCUGGCAUCUUAACUAUGAUAAUUUUAUAGUAGUCCACACAUCUGAGCUGUUGUAGAAGACCCCUUAAGUUUUUUCCUGCAAGGGAAGAGGAGGAUGCAGCAGUGCCUUUUAGAAUGGCAUGGACUUUCUAAAUCCAGUGGGAGUUGAAGUUUUAUGGGUGUGGAAACAGAUGAAAGCAAUUCUCUGCUCACUUUUAAUACAAGAACCAUCUUGAUUAAAGUUUAUUAGCUUAAUUCCAUUCAGUAGCUUAAAAUAGUGAAAAAUAAAAUUUUACAUAAACAUACUGGUAAAUAGAACUACAGAGUGAACAUGGCGGAAGACAGAAUGUGUGGCUCUUCAUUGGGUUGAUCAAAGAAAUCUCAAGCUUUGGUUUAUAGUUUAUGAUGGAGUCAUGAAAACAGCUAAGUGACUUUAGUUCAAAAUUUUGUAUCUUGCUGGCUUUCUUAAUCUAGAUUUGCAUCAGUAAGAACAUGUGCAUUGAUUCAGUAUACAGAAAUCUUAAUUAACAAAUGGACUGAAAACAAUUUUAAAAUUCAUUUCCCCCACUUCUCAUUAAACACAAACUGAUUCUA